AUGUCGCCCCUCAGUCUUAACGCCACUCAAGAGGCUCAGGUACUGGAGCUUGUGUUCAGAUCCGCGGCCUCGUCUACGAUUCCAACCUUGCUCUUAGAAAGCUUCAUGAUGGGCGUUCUUCUCGCUUUCAUCCCCAUUGGGUCGUACCUUCUCUAUGUCAAGUCCCGCUCGUACAUGCCAUUCGUCUCCAUCCUUUGGAUGGUCCUGGUCACCAUGUUGACCCACUGGGCACUUUCACUUCGAGAUCUCGAAUCGACCCUCGCCGGGCGCUCUAUGGGGUUCUCGACAUCGCUCAUAGAUCUAGCCCACGCCGCCAACGCCUCCAAAGCCGCUGCUCAUGGAGAACAUCGCGCUCAUCACGCACAUCUGGGAGACGGGGCUGUCUUCGGUUCUGUAUUCGUCUUCGGUCAAGCAUGGCGACACUUACUUCCGCUCGUGACGGAGACUGUUCUCUUCGGAUUCGCGUCAUCGUUGUUUGCCAUCGCGGCGUACAUCGUUGUCCGGCGGUCCUGCUCGCAUUGGAGAUCGCGCUUCGACUUGAUCAUACCAGCCAUGGUUUCGUUGAUGUACACGUUAUCUCUGAUACACUGGGCUAUUGCCCUCCGAUGCUUCACUGUGCUUCCGAAGUAUGCCAUGUCCGGUGCUCCGCUGUCAUUCCAGACACACAUAAAGGGAUUGGACAUCUCUCUCCUGAUAGUGUUCUCUCUCAAUGCGGUCAUGAGUGACUCCAUCGUACUCUGGCGCAUGUGCGUCGUCUGGGAACGCACGAGCUCCGUUCGAAUGAUUGGCGCAGUAUUGCUGAUAGCCACUCUGGGACUGAACAUCGCAAACAUCGUUGUUCUUCACCGCAUCAUGGUCUACACCCGUUGGUUCCCAAGGAAUAGCAGAGACUCCGAGAUCAUCACCACGUACGGCUUGACCCCUGUUGGCCUUGCCGCGGCCUUCCUAUCGCUAGCGACCAACCUCUUUGCCACGGUGCUCGUGGGGACUAAAGCCUGGAUACACCGAAGACAAGUGUCUCACCAGUUUGGUCCCAAAACUCGUCGCACAUUGGCAGGGCGCGUUAUGGAGCUCCUCGUGGAAUCGGGGGUGGUGUAUACCGCCAUAUGGCUUUUGUACUGCAUCAGCUUCUUCAGACAGAUCACCACUCAAACCGUAUUUGGACCAGAUUCGAACGAAUCAUUGGUCACGGCCGUAGACCAUCUUGACGGAGCGAUGGCUCAGUUGACUUCCAUCUACCCACUUGCUGUGUUCAUCCUCAUCGCGCUCGACAAGAUCCAUCAUUCACGCGUGUCCCAACCUUCGCGCAGCGACGAGUGGCCACGAGGGAAGAACCGCGCUGUGAACGUCAGUCUCGAGAUCGAUGUGCAGAUCGAACGCAGUACGUCGCUCAGCCCAAAAUCUGCGAUACGGAUGGCGCCGCUCCAGUAUACCGAUCGCUCUCCAUCCGUGUUGGACGAUACAAAACCGUUAGAUUCCGGGGUGGAUGAAGCUUUAGAAUGA